AUGGCCGCCGUUCAACUCAAGUUUUCCCUGCGGACCUCGUCCAAUGUCAAGACCGUCCACUUGGUCGGCUCCUGGGACAACUAUGCCCGUCAACUGCCACUCUCUGGUGAGGAAAAGCCCGGUGCCUGGGCUGGCAAGUUCCGCUUCCAGACCUCCAUGCUCCAACUCGGUACCCGCUACUGGUACUACUACAUCAUGGAUGGGUACCACGUCUCCCACGACCCAGCAGUCGAGUAUACCGUCGAGCCCACCACUGGCCGCAAGCUCAACAUCCUCGAUGUUCCCGGUGGCAAGUCCAGCUCUCGCACUACCGCCCCAAGCAGCACCCGCCGCAGCUCGAACGUCGCCCAUGGCCGCUCCCUCUCGCCGUCCAAGAUUCAGCACCCCAAGCCCUCAAAGCCCUACGCCUCGCGCCAGCUUCGCGAAGCCGAGUUCGGCGCCCCAACCGUCGACGACUUGACCCGCCGCUUUGCCGGCUCUCGUCUGUCCGAUGAUUACUCCUACUCCAACAGCCCGCCCAGCUCUGCCGGCUCGUCGCUGUCUUCCCGCUCUUCGGGAUCUACUUCGCCUUCUUCUUUGUCCUCCAUGAGCGACCCCCAGUCCGUUUGCUCUUGCGAACGCUACGGUAUCACCCGCAAGGGAGACCGUGUCAAGCUGGACUGUGGUGGCAGCCGCUGCGGAUACGCUGAUGAGUCUUCCGAUGCCAGCUGCUCCGAGGAUGAGGAUAGUGAUGAGGAGUACCGCCGUGCCCGCAGUGGUGCCCGUCGCCAGGGCAUCGUUGUCCGCCGUUAA